AUAUUAUGAAUAUGAAUGGAAUAUUAAUUUUAUGAAUAACGGAAUAUUAAUUUUAUGAAUGGGGUAUAAAUAUUGAGACAGAAUUCCAUAUCUCAGAAAUCAGAAACGAGAGCAAGAGUAUCGCAAAGAAGACUGCCUUUUGACUUCGAAUUAGAGGAUUAUAUUAACCCUUGUGAGGAAUCAUGGCAAACAAAACUGUGAUCAAUAAUAGUUCUACAGAGAAGGGCGUGUUGCAAAGCGCAGAGUUAUACAAUUAUAUAAUGGAUACUAGUGUGUAUCCACGAGAACACCAGUGUCUCAAGGAGCUCAGGGCUAUCACAUCCACUCAUCCAAGGGCUGUGAUGGGUACAGCACCUGAUGCGGGGCAGUUUAUGGCCUUGCUUCUAAAGACAAUCAACGCGAAAAAGACAAUUGAAAUUGGAGUGUUUACUGGAUACUCCCUUCUUCUAACUGCCCUCACAAUUCCAGACGAUGGAAAGAUCACAGCCAUAGACAUGAACCGGAGCUCGUAUGAGAUAGGAUUACCUAUCAUCGAUAAGGCAGGGGUGAAGCACAAGAUCAAUUUCAUUGAGUCUGAGGCUCUUCCUGUUCUUGAUCAGUUACUGAAAGAUCCAGAGAAUAAGGGGACAUUUGACUUUGCAUUUGUUGAUGCUGAUAAAGACAACUAUGCAAAUUACCAUGAGAGAGUGUUGGAACUUCUGAAACCGGGAGGUAUAGCUGUUUACGAUAACACCCUUUGGGCAGGGACGGUGGCAAUGGAUGAGAGUUCGGUUCCGGAGAGCAAGCUGGGUUCAAGGAAGGCUUCGAUAGAGUUUAACAAGUACAUAGCAGGUGAUGCUAGAGUGCAGAUUUCUCAAGUCCCUCUUGGUGAUGGGAUCACUGUCUGUCGCCGUAACUGAAACACUACCAAUGAUCCUCAUGAAGUAACUUAUUUUGUUGGAAUAAAUUUUUAAAUAAAUUGGUGCUUGAUUUGCUGCAAA